AAAAACGCGCGAAACUAUCCACUCGAGAGCGAGAACAAUCGCAACCAUGGGGAAAAAGAGGAAGGCCUCAAGCCAAGCGUACAACAAUCCUGAUCGGCCUACGAAACCGGAGUCCUCGAAGUUGCUCAUCAACUCGUAUGAAGACGUCGCUGAUUCCGAGGACGAGUUCUUGGACAACCGAGACAGGAUCCUUCUGGAUGAAGGCCCGCUGGCGAAGAAGCAGCGCAAGCUCCAAGAAGAAGACGAAUUGCUAGAUCUCUCUGAUGAAGAAGUUUUGGCGCUUCCUGAAUCAGAAGAUGAGGACUACUACGAGGACGACGAUGAAGACCGUGAAGGAGAACAAGAUAAUAUCGAAGAGAAUCAGCCCGAGCAAGAAUCGGAAGAUGGUAUAAACAUCGUGUCUGGAGGGGUAAAAGUGAAGUCCGGGAAACACGGGCAGGAUCUAGAAGAGGAAGAUGACGACGAAGGGUGGGGCGAUUCGAAGCAGGACUACUAUGGUGCGGACGAGAUAGAUACAGAGCAGGCUGCUCUCGACGAAGAAGCAGAAGCAAAGCGAAUACAGCAAAAACGCCUUGAGUCUCUGGCCGGAGCAGACAUGCUGUUCAGUCUGGGAGGGGCGAGCGCCCCAGAAGAUGAUGCUGAGAGCUCAGAUGACGAAGACGAGAUUGUCACAGAGCAGCUGCCAGAACUGGAGAUUCCAGAGAACCUGGGGGAUGAGGAAAGACUGAAGCUACUCAAGACACGAUACCCAGAACUGGAGGCAAUCGCGAACGAUUGGCUUCAGUUGCACAGACUGCGUGACGAAAUCGAACGAGACGCAAGCUACGUGCCAAAAAUCCUCGAACUUCGAUCCGCCCUUAACCUUUCAGAAGGUGCGGAAUCUCACAUCGCUACCAUCAGAUACACAGCACUCUCCGCAUAUCUGGCCGCAUGUGCCAUGUACUUUGCGGUCCUAACUUCUACUGCAAACGGGACUUCGGGUGUGCUGGCGCUGGCACCGCGGACGCUGCGCGAACACCCAGUCAUUCAGAACGUGCUUGAGUCGCGCCAGAUGUGGGAAGAAGUGUGUCGUCAUCCUAGAGUUGAUACCGCUGCAGAGCUAGCAGAUUUGGAAGAACAAGCAGCAAACGCAGCCAAAGGAGCUCAAAGGACUGAUUUAGCAGCCUCAACGGCUGCAGAAGAAAGACGAGACGAGAGUGUGGCCAAACCGAAGGUUAAGAAAUCAAAGACGGCAAAGGCCAAAGAAGAUCUCGAGGCGGAGGCGUUGCGAGCAGCAUCUGAAGCUCGACGUGCGGAACGCAUGCGCCAAGUCGAGGAAGGUCUCGCAGAUCUCUCUGAGCUGGCUGUCAAGAGAUCGAGUCAAAAGGCGUCCAAGAUCAGAACUGCGCCUUCAGGAAAACUCAUUAUCGUCGACGAUGACUCGUCUGAUCUUGGUGACGAGAGCACACUCACGGCGCAGGAACUUGCGGCCAAAGCAGCUCGGAAGAAGAGCUUGAAGUUCUACACCAGCCAGAUUGUCCAGAAGGCCAACAAGCAGGGUUCUCGAAGCAAAGAUUACGGUGGCGACAUUGACGUUCCGUAUCGUGAGCGGCUCAAGGACCGAGAGGCCAGGCUCAACGCUGCUGCCGAACGCAGAGGACGACAGGCGCCAAAGCCAGGCGAGGAGCUCGGGGGCGAGAGCAGCGGUGAGGAAACGGCUGCAAAUGGUAAAAAGCAAGUUCCGUCGGACGAGGAAGAUUACUACGACAUGGUCGCGGCACGGGCGAAGCAGAAGAAGGCGGACAAGAAGGCCGCAGCGGAAGCUUACGCCGAAGCGCAAAGGCAGAAUGCGCAGGUAUAUGAAGUGGAGGAAGUAGGCCCAGACGGAAAACGCAAGAUCAGCUACCAGAUCGAGAAGAACAAAGGCCUGACGCCACAUCGCAAGAAAGAAGUGCGAAAUCCGAGAGUCAAGAAGAAGUUGAAGUACGCGUCGAAGCUGAAGAAGCUGGGAAGCACGAGGCAGGUGUACAAGGGCGGCGAAGGCCGAGGAGGCUACGGCGGCGAGUUGAGCGGCAUCAAGACUGGCCUCGUCAAAAGUAUCAAACUCUAAGCGUACUGGCUCAUGCCUCGAGCCCACAUGUAUUCACGCACAAACACAACAAAAUUCAACGUGCACCUUUUCACCUUUUUCCAAAAUAUAGUGCUCCACUACAAA